AUGACGGACGGUGCCCCGUCAGGCGCAUAUCUCACUGACGGGGGAGAAAGGACUCAUGUGAACGGGAGCGCUAACCAGACUAUUGAUGUUCACGAAGGCGUCCCAAUUCCCGGCGAUUUCUCCGCUGGCAGCGCCGUUACCCCCGCGACGCAAGCACGGCGGCGCUUCAUAGAGGACAAGGGCGCGGGGGACAACGUGGCGGCGGAGCGGGCGGAGAUGCUUGCGCGCGUGCUUGCGCCCAGCGGAGACUGCCUCCCGCGGAUCAAGCUCGGCGCGGCAGGGGGGGCAGGGGAAGCUUCAGCGGGUUGGUUGGGAGCGGAGGGAGCUUCGCGCGCGAACACAACCCAGCCAAUUAGGCGAGCCCAGCGGCGAACGCUCACUCCAAAUGGCGGCGAGUCGUCGUUCCCCCUGUCCGUUGCCUCUGCGACCACCUUCGUCGCCGCGUGCGUCGUCGCUGCUGGCGCGGCCUUCGCACGGCACAAGUCGCUUCCCGCUCCGCCUGCUGCCUCCGUCUCAGCGAUGGUGGCACCGGCCAGUCUGCCAGUCAAGGAUCAGGUGCUGGGCCACUACGCGGUGGAGGAAGCGCCUCACAGCGACCUGCGCCCCGUGCUGGGCGAUGGCAGUGUGCAGCUGCGCACAGCAGCAGCGCGCUCGUUCCUGUCAAUGCAGGACGCGGCCAGGCGGGAUGGCAUCUUCCUCACGCCCCUCUCCGGGUUCCGGUCAGUGCGGGACCAGCAGUCGGUGUUCUACGGAGUGAAGGCAGCGCGCAACCAGAACAUCAGGCAGCGAGCCAAGGUGUCGGCCCCACCGGGCUUCAGUGAGCAUCACACGGGCUAUGCACUCGACAUUGGGGAUGCCAACUCGCCUGCCACACAUCUAGAGUUUGAUUUUGAAAACACCGAAGCGUUUUAUUGGCUCCAAAAGAAUGCCAACAGGGAUUGCCCUCGCGCCGGCCUUAUUCCGUCCCCCCCGCCCAUCACCCACCCCUUCGUAUUCGCGCUUGCCUCGAUACACUCUCUCGUCGCCCACCCCGUUUUUCCCAUUUCGUCCCAUCGCUUACACGCUCUCCCCUCCUGUCCUGCCGCCCUCUCUCUCGCCCCUCCCUUCCCGUCGCGCUCUCUCUCUCUCCGCGCCCUUCUCGUCGCCCUCUCUCUCGCCCCUCUCUUCCCGUCGCGCUCUCUCUACCCGCGCCCUUCCCGUCGCCUCCCUUCCCAUCGCGCUCUCUCUCUCCCCUCCCUUCCCGUCGCCCUUUCUCUCCCUCCUCCCUUCCCAUCGCGCUCUCUCUCUCCGCUCCCUUCCCGUCGCCCUCUCUCCCAUCGCCCUCUCUCCCAUCGCCAGCACUCUCUCCUUCGCUCUGUCCCGUCGCCCUCUCUCCCAUCGCCCUCUCUCCCAUUGCCCUCGCUCUCUUCUUCGCUCUGUCCCGUCGCCCUCUCUCCCGUCGCCCUCUCUCCCGUCGCCCUCUAUCUCUCACGUCGCCCUCGCUCUGUCCCGUCGCCCACGCUCUCUCCCGUCGCCCCCGCUCUCUCCCGUCGCCUCGCGAAAUUCUCUGCCGUCUCGUAG